GUCAAAUUCACACAUGUGAACAUUUGUGUUAAAGUGUCAAAAGUGGUGACAGUGUCAAAGAAUACUUGUAUGGGUUAACACGAAAAUAUAUUCUGUUAUACAAGAUUUAUGGGUAUAAUCCUCAUUCUGAAAGUAUCAGUCGUUUUGGUUAUUGUUUCUCCUGCCAUUAACUACGAAGACGAGUUUUUAAGGUCCUAUAAACCUAAUCCCUUUCUGCCGAGGAAAUUGAAUGAAUUUUAUGCCAGCAUCCAAAAUCACAAGGACGAAUUCAGGCAAAUUAGAGAACUUGCAAAAAGAAACAUUAACAGAAACGAGCUGAAAAGAAAUAAUAUUCUUCCAAAUGAGUUUAGUUAUAUUAAUCAGUUCAACACAAUGGAAAACAAUAACGACUUCAACUUGGAGUCACGUCCUAGUAACGACAUAUAUCCUUACAUGUACAGAAAAUCCAACCCAGAACAUAACUUAAGGUUUAGAAGAAAUCUAAGGGUACAUAUAAACAAUGAAGCAAAAUACGGAGAUAUAUCAUCAAACAGUCGAAAGUAUCCAGAUAGAUUUCAACAAAAACGUGGCGAGGAUCAAGAUACGGACGAUCUACAAGUAGAAAAAUACAACUAUGAAAUUAUAAACUCACCACCUAUAGUGGAACCCCGAAGACCAGUUCUAAUCGACAAAGAAGACGAAUCGAUCAUUGAUCAGUUUGUAAAAGAUCGCAAAAAACCUCUUCUCAUUAAAAUUAUGCACAAAGGAAACCAAGGCAAAUUUCAAACACCAAGGCAUGUUAAUUACAACUCAUUAUCUAACAAUCAUGUGAACGAAUUAGAAGAUAAUAGUUGGGAUAACUAUGCAUCAGAACACGAAAAUCAAAAGGUUGAUCAAAACGGAUCUUCGAAGAUAUUAAAAGAUCUUCUGGACACGAAUGCUAAAGAGCCAUUUCAAAUGUAA